GAGGCAGGUGCUGCAAGUGUUCGAGCAGUACCAGAAAGCCCGGACCCAGUUCGUGCAGAUGGUGGCGGAGCUGGCGACUAGACCCCAAAACAUCGAGACUCUGCAAAACGCGGGUUGCCUCCUGCUCCCAUCUUCCUCACAGCUUGGGUUGGACGCUCUGUGGUGUAAUGUCUUUGCUGAGGCCUCUUCUUCUGGAUGUGGUCCCAACAAUUCAACAGACUGCUGCUUUGGCUCUUGGGAGACUGGCCAAUUAUAAUGAUGACUUAGCAGAAGCAGUUGUGAAGGGCGACAUUCUUCCACAGCUUGUUUAUUCACUGGCAGAACAGAAUCGAUUCUACAAGAAGGCAGCGGCCUUUGUGUUGCGGGCAGUUGGUAAACAUUCCCCUCAGCUGGCUCAGGCCAUUGUGGACUGCGGAGCACUGGAUACACUGGUGAUAUGCCUGGAAGAUUUCGACCCUGGAGUCAAAGAGGCUGCAGCCUGGGCACUUGGAUAUAUUGCAAGACAUAAUGCAGAACUGUCACAAGCUGUGGUGGAUGCAGGAGCUGUUCCUCUUUUAGUACUCUGUAUCCAGGAGCCAGAAAUUGCUUUGAAAAGGAUUGCUGCUUCAACCCUCAGUGAUAUUUCAAAGCAUUCUCCAGAGUUAGCACAGACAGUAGUGGAUGCAGGAGCGAUUGCUCACUUAGCCCAGAUGAUCCUCAGCCCUGAUGCUAAAUUAAAGCGUCAGAUCCUUUCAGCUCUCAGCCAGAUUGCAAAACAUUCUGUGGAUCUGGCAGAAAUGGUUGUUGAAGCAGAGAUUUUUCCAGUUGUACUUACCUGUCUGAAGGACAAAGAUGACUAUGUGAAGAAAAAUGCUUCUACUUUAAUUAGAGAGAUUGCAAAACAUACACCAGAGCUUGCACAGCUGAUAGUUAAUGCGGGAGGAGUAGCUGCUGUGAUUGAUUGUGUUGGGUCCUGCAAGGGAAAUAUAAGGCUGCCUGGCAUCAUGAUGCUCGGUUAUGUGGCAGCUCAUUCUGAAAAUCUAGCAAUGGCAGUGAUCAUUUCCAAGGGUGUACCCCAGUUGUCAGUCUGCCUGUCAGAAGAACCAGAAGAUCAUAUUAAGGCUGCUGCUGCUUGGGCCUUAGGACAGAUUGGGAGACACACUCCCGAACAUGCACGGGCUGUCGCCGUCACAAAUACUUUGCCAGUUCUGCUUUCUUUGUACAUGUCACCCGAGAGUUCUGAGGAUCUACAAGUGAAAAGCAAAAAAGCCAUUAAAAGUAUCCUACAAAAAUGCACCUACCUACCAGCCCUUGAACCAUUUCUGUAUGAUGCUCCUCCCAAUAUUCUGAAGCAUGUGGUUGGACAGUUCAGUAAGGUGCUACCACAUGAUAGCAAAGCUCGAAGACUUUUUGUAACCAGUGGUGGACUAAAAAAGGUUCAAGAGAUAAAAGCAGAACCUGGUUCUCUCCUUCAAGAAUAUAUCAACAGUAUUAACAAUUGUUACCCAGAGGAAAUUGUGAGGUACUAUUCCCCUGGAUAUUCAGAGACACUUCUGCAGAGAGUGGACAGCUAUCAACCACUAAUCAACUAAACAAAGUUAUAUAUUAAUACUCAAAUUCACAGCAGAGAAUUUGUGAUUGCUGUUAUAAUUGUUAAAGUUCUUUAAAAAUAUUCAAGCUAAGUACAUUCUAGAUUUAUUCAAUGUUACAUACCUUUAGAUAAUAUUUUCUAAAUUUAUGCAAUACUUUAAAAAUUAGUAGCUUGAAUACAUGAGGAAAUAUUCAUAUUCAUUUGUAAGCAUAGGAUUUGUAUUUGCUCUAAAGGUAGAUUUAAAAAGACAUAAAAGGGUUUUAAGGUAUCUAUUAUUUUUCUGCUAAACAGCACUCAUACAUACCCACCCCCUCCAACUACACAGAGGUAAGAGAUAACGUUUAAUGGGUUUUUUUGGUCAAUUUCCUUUGGCAAGGAAAAACUGAUCUUGCAGAUUACACAUUAGGGUCUAGAAGAAAAAUAGUUAAAAGAGAAACUGAUGAUGGGAAUACAGGACUCCAGUGCUGGUUGCAUAAAUGCAUUAAACUCACAGAAUCUAGGGAUAACUUGUCAGGUUCUCCAAAGAAUUUAAGAAGGCCCUUCUCUUUAUCACAACAUUUGAAAAUUCUUUUUACCUAAAAUGUUCCUUAUCCUACAUGGAGCUGGCUUUGUUCAUGAAUAAACAAGGAAGUAGGCAUGAAAAAUGGGCUGUCAGUAUUCCCUUGUUCUAGGUUGUUCACUUUCCUAAAUUUCAAAGCUACAUUUUUUUUUUUUUUAGGGAUUUAAGGGACUAAUUUGUAAAGAAUACCUAUAGGCUCAAAUUUACAUACAUUUUCACUUAGGAAGCUGUAAAGGUAUUAAAGAGUAUUUUAAUAAAAUUUUAAAUAAAAGAAUAUUAGAAUUGUUUUUUUUUUUCCUUACCUAGUAUUUUUCUGACUUUGGGGAAUCUUUGGAUUUGGGAGUCUUGUUUUGAAUGUGCCUUUAAAUCUAAAAGGAAUGUUGUUUAUGGUGAUCUUUCUGGAGACUUUCAGAGAAAGUGACUACCUGGAGAGCCCCCAGGACACUAUGGGUCCAAUCUGGUUUUCUUUUCAGGUUUCCUUUUUGGAUUCUUCACCCCCAACCUCCCACAAAAAGAACCUAAUCAUUUAAUUUUGGCAUUUUCCUGGCUCAUCUUUGUCGUCAUUAUUUCCAAAUAGUGCAUAGUUUGUUGUGUCUUUUAAAAUUCAUCAAACCCAAGGAAUGUCCCAUUUUCCCCCCUUAUGACAGGCUAGGAUUGCUAGUGAUUUCAUUUUUUUUGUUUUAGUCUGGGGAUUGAACCCAUGGCCUUGCACAUGUUAAAUAGGUGCUCUGCCAUUGAGCUACACCUCCAGUCCCUGGAUUCAUUGUUCAAUACUUUCUGGGGCCUGUUUUGUUUUCUUGUAGCAAUAUCUUUCACUCCUUGUGUCAGAAAUUGUAACAUUAUUAUUACCAAUUUUAUAACUUACUUUCUUUCCUCCUAUCUUAUUUGUCUUAUAAGCCUUUAAUAACUUGAGAAAGUAAAAGUAGUUUUUAUCUUUUUUCUUUAA